UUAAAUUUUCUAGGGCAAAACUUUGACCUUGUUUGAACUUUUGGACAAAGAAAAGGAUAAAGACUCAGAGGAAUAUGAAGAGGCCUAUCAGGACCUGGUCCACAUGUUUACAUGUCAGGCUGUGCUUAGGAGUACAUUUCCCCAGGCUAAUGUGUUACCACAAGUGACGGUCAAUAUGAGUAAACCAGACGAGGUUCCUGAGUCAGUGAGAGAGAGGGCGCUGUACAGGUACCUGGUGAAACUGAGGCCGAAGACGUACAAUGGCAGCUACAGUGACAUCUGGAGGGAGUAUGGAACCUUACUGAUAGCUGAAAAUCAACUGGAUCUCGCCAGGAAAGCUAAUGGUCCAGACAGAAACAUUUAUCUUAUUGUAGAUAAAAGACAGUUUUAUUCCAUGCAGGCAGACCUUCUGAAGAAGACAGAGGAAGUCGAGGAGCUCUCUACAAGGUUGACAAGAUUUGCCAGCCAGCAGUUGACCGAGGGUGACCCUAACAUUGCAGACCUGAGUGACGUCCACCGCCCCACCAGACUGGGAGAGAUGUACAGUCAGCUUUUUGAUGAUGAGUGGUCUGAGGCUUUUGAGGCCUUAAAACCAACCACAAAAGAGGAUGAGGAUGAAAUCUAUCCAAAUACACUGACAAUGCUACAGAAGAUUGUAAAGAAAGUUUUUAGCUUUUGUAAAGAGAAAUCUCAGGAACAAUUGCAAAAGCUGGAAAAUCAUAUAAAAGGAGCCCUUCAACAAGACACAGCAAAAAUGCAACAUUCUACAAAAAAGGAGAAGUCCAAGUCUCCACUACAUCAGGUGGUGGAGAGGUACGCUAAGCAAAUCAGAAAGGCAGCAUCUAAAGAGACAGCAAAACUAAUGGCUCAGGUAUUCAUUCAACAAAAGCUGAGUGAAUUGUUACCUGAUGAGAAGACCCGUCAGGAUGAGCGAGUAGUUACCUACGUCAGUAAGUGUGUAGAACUGUGCUGGUACAUGUGUAUGCAGGAUCCCCCAAUGGAGCUGGUCUUCCCACAGAAAGGUGACACCAUGGACAAGAACUUGUUUUCUCACCACGGCAGGAAGGGGAAGGUGGUGGACAUCUGUGUCUGGGCUGCUCUCCUCCUCCACAGGGAGGGACCAGUCGUGUGUAAAGGAUAUGUCCUCCCAGAGGAGAAAAAGUAAAGGGAUAGUAUCAUAGUAUUGCUAGAAAAGGCAUUUGGAUGCACUUCAUUCCCAAUCAACAGGGGCAGAGUAGAUCCAAAACCCAUGGCUAGUGAAGACAAAGAUCAAGUAUUACUGGUAUUAUAUAUACAUGUAGAUGCACAUAGUUUCUGUGAAUUGCAGCUGAAUACAUUUUCUGACUAUAUUUACACAUGAGAGUUAUAUGUUUACAUACUCCAUAAUUAUGUUAGCCAGAAGAAUUAAUGAUUUUCCUCUCUUUGCUUGGACCUUUUAUUAGUUAUGAUCAUUUUAUUUAUAUGAUUCAAUUUCUAAAUAUUUAUAAAUAAAUCAUUGUUUUUAUUUUAGAAAAAAAUGUAACUUAUAAUGUUUGAUGGUGAAUGCGACAUCUACUAUU